AUGUCACAUGGAUACGAUGACGAAGAAGGGAUCGACGACGGCGAAGAUCGACAUAGCGACGAAGGAUCCGAGGACGAAGCCGGAUACAACGAGAUGGAGUACUAUCUGCAGCGAUGCUCGAUCUGCUUUGAUGCACGCCUGGACUUCUGCCUCGAGUACUGCCGUGAUCAAUUCUGUCGCGACUGCUUCCAGCGGUAUGUGAAAGAGGUGGUCAGCAACUCCUGGGGCCUCAAUGUGACAAAGAUUAAGUGCCCUGUCUGCCAAGAUAUCAUUUCGAUGUCUGAAUGGACCAAGUACGUGGACAAGGCAACACUUGCGCAGUACAACCAAUACAACCAGCCCUAUCGUUCAUUUUCACGAUUUUGCAACCAAUGCGACCACGAGAUGGUAGUCUCGCAGGUCAACUGUGCUUUGCUCACCAUGCCUCCUCGAGAAUUGAUGCCUUUGUUCGAUGGAAUUCUGGCGGAUUUGAAGUUGUUGUUGACUUUGGGAGGCAUUGAACUGGAUGAUAUCACACCAGCCUCUUCCUUGUCUUCACCAGCAAAGGCCACAUCCGGCCAUGCCUCAACCACGAAAUCAAAACAGCGCCCAAUUAUUUCAGAGCGAGACCAAAAGGCACGCAACAUCAUCCAAUCACGCUCUACACGACCAGGAGUGAUUACACGAGCCGAAAGUAAGCGACAGGUGGAGAUCAAGAAGGCCAUUGUCCAUCUUAGCAAGCAGCUGUCAAGCAUGGAGACCCGUCAAGAGCAAUGGAAAGAACUGCAGUUCCUUCAUGUUCGUUGGCUUCGAUGGGAUCGGUGCACCAACUGUGAUCAUGAGCUGUGCUUACAGUGUGGCGAAUCUUCGCACCAUAAUUCUGAGGACUGCUUUGAACAUAUGCGAUCGCUGAUCACCGAGACGAACGGGUUGGAUCUCAGUACGAUUCAAUGGAAGCUCGCAAACACAAACCCAUGCCCGAAUUGCUGCAUUCUCAUUCACAGAGACGACGGAUGCAAUAAGGUGGAUUGCAUGCUUUGCGGAUAUCGGUUCUGCUGGAUCUGUCGAGAACCUUGGGGAGCUGCAUGCGGAUUUUUCAAAUGCGGCCGUAGAGCUGUGGUUGCCGUCGAUUCGAAUCUUGGAAGAUCAAUUAGCAAUAUGAACGAGGGAUCCACAGAUGCCCUAAUGACAACUCAAGGACAGAUUGCUGAGGAUGGCCAGGUCCGAUCUCCCUCGACUGCCCAUGGCUUUUCGGAUGACGUCGUUCAGAGCCAGGUUGAAGUACAACACGUUCUUGAAUCUAUGCCUGCAGCAACUUCUGAAAAGGUAUACUGA